AUGGAAACAAACAUACAAUCUUCCAGUCAUAAGUGCCUCACUAGCAGACUGGUUAGCACCUCAGCCCAAGGAGGCAUGAGCCUGGAUACUAGUUUGAAUUCAGUUCUGGAUGUUAACACUGCAGACAAUGCCAUUAUUCUUCACACAAAGCCAGAGCCCACAAUUUUCACCUAUGACAAUGUAGCAGAUGCUGACACCACACAGGAAGCUGUGUUUUCACUAGUUGGUAAAAAGAUUAUUGAAGAUUGUUUAAAUGGCUACAAUGGAUCCAUAUUAGCUUAUGGUAAGACUGGCUCAGGAAAAAGUUUUACUAUGUUUGGUCCCUCUGAGAACUUGGAAAGCUCUCAGCUUCGCGGUGUGAUUCCCAGAAGUUUGGAGUAUCUCUUUAGUGUAAUAGCUCACCAACAAGAUCAUGGCAGUAAAAAACAGUUUUUGUGUCGCUGCUCCUUUUUAGAAAUCUAUCAAGAGCAAAUCUUUGAUCUUUUGGAUACAGCUUCACAAGGUAUUCGCUUAUGUGAGAAUAUGAACAAAGGUGUCUUUAUAGAUGGACUCAUUGAGCAAGUUAUCUGCAACCCAAGAGAUGCUUAUCAGUUAAUAAUCAAGGGCUGGUUGAAUCGUAGAGUAGCUCUUACUUCCAUGAACAGAGAGGGUUCGUGCUCUCAUGCUGUUUUUACAGUUAAAAUAGAGUCAAAGGAGGAAGUAGGUGGUUUCCAAAAAAGCAAUAUAUCACAGAUAAAUCUAAUUGAUCUGGCAGGAUCAGAGAGACAGAAAGCUACCAACACUGACAGCACUCGGCUCAAAAUCUCCAAAAAUAGAGGAUUUGAAUCUUUCUUUCAAAGAUUAUGAAAUAUUCUUUUUACAGGAGGAUUCAUUUAAGAAAUUGUAUGCUGUCAUUAGUAAACUUCAACAAGAAAAUCAAAACUUGCUGGAAAAGUUGAACUUUAUGAAUCACUUAGAGAAAUUUGAAAAAGACAACAAAGUUUUACAAGCUAUGUUGAAGCACACAGAAGUUUGUGAGCAGAAAGCUCCUGAAGUGCCAAAUUUUCAAGUUAUUAAGAAAAUUGAAUUAGCCUAUAGCCGCAAGAUGGAAGAGUUUGAGAGAUCAAUCUUUGGCAAAGAUAAAAAAAGUAGCUGAGUUAUUAUUUGAAGUAGCAAAAUUAAAAGAGGAACUUCACCUUGCCAGAGAAACACAUGCAUCUGUUUUAAAAGACAGGAAUUGCAAUAAAAUGGGUGCUGCUGAGGCAUUUCAAGAAUUUCAGAGUGCUGUGCCUAUGCAAGGAGGUGCUAUUGGUGAGCCUGGAGAGAGAAAGUCAUCUUCAGAAAAAAAUGGCUCGGUUAGAGGAAGAGCUCUAAUAAAAGAAACAAAAAUGCCAGAAAUAAAUGAACAAUCUUGGAGAAGUAAAAAAAAGUGAAUGAACUAAUAACAUCCUUUUAAAGAGUCACUGUUUUUGUAAAAGCAGUAUAAAGUUUGUUUUUUUAUACCAAUCAAUGGUUAUAAUUCAAAUGAAAGCCACUUCAUUCUUCUUAAAAAAUCCAGUACAAGAGAUACAGUACUUGUAAGCAUGUCAAUGAUUGGUUGAAUUCUACCAGUAUUUGAAUUAACGUAUAUUUUAGUUUGAUGCCCAAGAUUGGCAUUGACUCUAGACAAAUAAUUGUGUUUAUACACAGUUUGACUGUAAAAGAAAUAUGUCGAGAUAUUUUUGUUAAGAUUUUUCUUAAGUUCAAGCUACUACACUCUUUUAGUCAAUAAGUUCUACAAUGGAAUUUAAAAAGAUGUUUAUGGAAAUUGUCUUUCAUUUCACUAGCCAUUUGUUUCUCAUAAAAAUUGUGGAAUUGAAAAUGUCUGUUACAUGUGCUUCUAUAUCUAAUAUUUAUGAAUAUGUAUAUAGAAUAUCCUCUGCUUAAAAGUAUGCUUUAUUGGAAUAUGUUUGAUGUCAAUACUUGUAAUAAAAUGAACAAGAGGUGUUUCACUCUAGUAGUUUAAAUUUUCAUAAGUUAUGAACUAGAGGCCUUAAAUAAAAUUUACUACUUUUGGAUAAAUUUGUCAUCUCUGUAACUGUAAUGUAACUAGGCCUCAAGGUUUCCUAAAUUGAGCAAAGAGAAAGAGCAUCCACAUUUAUCUUUUUUCUAGAAAGAACAAAAAUAAAGCUCAAAUAUUUCUCCUAUUUUGACACAAAUUAAGAAAAAUAAUAUGACCAUUUUUGUAGGAGCUCGCAAGGUUGAAUUUAUAGGUAGGCUAUUUAGGCAUGGUUGUAUUUUACACAGCUACAACUGUAUUAAUACAUAAAUAAGCUGUCCUAUUGUAAAUAUGUACUGUACAUAAAGAAUUAGUUAUUAGAAAUAGCUAUUUGAUCUUCAUGUAUUGUCUUGAAUCCUUUUUUUUUUUUUGUUGGUGUUUUGAUUUUUCUGAAUAACUUAUAUGUUAAACUACUUGUAUAAUGUGUUUGUAAAUAUUCAUAUCAGAUAAUUUCUAUUGCUGUUUAUUAUGACAGUCUUAAGUUUAAGGAAGUUGGAAGUUUUUGUUUAUGUAUCAACACAGACCAUGAGCUCUAUUAUAACUGUCUGUCUGGUCUUUCAGUUUUUCUUUGGGUCAUCUUUGUUUCAUUGUGGCAGUCUGUAUUUAUAUUUAGUGUAUUUUUGCCAUUUUAUGCCCAUAAUUGAACCCAGACUCCUUUGGUUCAAUCCUUCUAGCACUCUUAAAUGCUUUGCAUGUAGCUGCCAAAUCUGAGAGCCAUAAUGAAGUGCUUCGAGGCCACUGCCUGGUAGGCCACAGAAUCAGAUGACCUUUACAUCAUCUGCCCUAUAGACCACAAGGUCUGAAAGGGGAACUUUACUUACUUACUUAAUUGCAGAAGUGUUGUACAUAAAAACAUUCCGUACUCAAGUUUAACUGCCAUUAGUUAGAAUCAAUAUCUUAAAUAGAAUAAGGUGUAAUUUUUAACAUUAAGCCACAGAAAUGUGACCCUACAAUGACUAUGCUAGGAGUAGUAGUUGUUAUUUAUAAUUAUAGCAAUCAAUUUUUUUGUUAAAGGCCCCUAGUACUAUUAGAUCUUCAAAUUAGCUUAGUGAUAUUGUAAUAUGUGAUUUAUAUUAGCUGAUAUUUUAUUGCUUUCAUGGAUUAACAAGAAUUGGUUCUGUUACUUUUCAUAACAUUUGUCAUUACACCACAACUGAUGCCUUACUGAACAAAAUGUUCUAAUGAGUGAAAAUAAAGUUAUUUAUUUUCUAA